AUGUCUUGCGAUGAAUUACAUCCUUCUUGCGUUACACCUAAAGAGUCUUAUGAGUGCGCUGAAUCCACAAAUAGUAGUAACAUAGCCGAGGUUUUAAAAGAAUUACGUGAGUUUAGAAAUGAUUUUACUACCUUGAGAACUGAUCUUCAGAAAAUAACUACUGAGAUACAGGCAAUCAACGAGAAAUUCAACGACAUGGAAACCCGUUUCAGUUCCUUGGAAGAUAGGCUAAUUAUAGUCGAGAAUAAAACAUCGUUGAUUCCAAAGCUCAAAUCAGAGCUAGAUUCUGUGAGGGAAGCGAUGACCAAGCUCGAAAAUGAAAAUCACAAAUUCGAUCAGUUUUCAAGAAUGAACAACGUUGAAAUAUCUGGAAUACCAUAUACUGCAGGCGAAAAUCUUGUGUCUCUGCUGCACUCAAUUUGCAACAAAGUUGCGCUCCCGUUGGAUGAGCGUGACGUCGACAGCAUUAUGCGAGUGAAGAGGUUCGAAGUGGAAGACAGGUCUAAUAGCUCAGAGUCUGGCCGUCCGCGUCCUCCAGCUAUCGUGGUCAAAUUCACUAGACGAAUAUGUAAGGACAAGUUAUUAGCAGCAGUGCAGCAGCAGCGCGCACGACGCGGCCUCAUGACCUCCGAUAUAGGUCUAUCGGGACCCGCACUUAACAUCUUUGUAUCCGAUCAUCUUGCGCCUCGCAAUAAACAGCUUUUGAAACGAGCCAGGAAAAUAAAAGCAGAAUUGAAUUUCUCUUAUUUGUGGAUCAGAGAUUGCAAAAUAUUAAUGCGUAAAAACGAGAAGUCUAAAGUGAUCGUUAUUAAUAAGGAGACUGACCUUUCAUUUUUAAAAUGA